UUUUUAUGAAAGAAUUACUACUAUUCACCACGUGUAGGCAAACCAGAUCGCUGCGUUUAAAAAACCCGUUCGACCUAAAUUCACAUCGACGAAAAACGGAAUAAAUAAAACAGAUCGGAGAAACACGCGCAUCUAGUAUGUUUAGCUCUCACUAUCAUUUUGUUCAGUCGUUUGAAGUGGGACGAUCUUUCUACGGCACGCACGUCUCGAGUUUCUUUUAUUUAUUUCACGUCUUUGAGUGGAAAAAAUUUAUUGACUGCUCGAUUUAAUUAAUAUUUGUCUUCUUUUUCUUGAUUAUUAAAAUGUUUGGAAAUAUUCUUUCGCAAAAUUAUAUUGCGCUAUUCUUUUAAAACCAGUUUGGAUUGUGUCUUUAGGUAGUUGAAUUCAAACGAUUUUUUUGUGCAAUUAGUUUGUCGUCUGCUAGUGAAAGUUCUUUUUUCGUUGAGAGAACUUCUUCCGUAAAAAAAAUAGUCUGUUAAUGGGUGCCAAGUGUUGUUUUUUUAUCAACAUGGAGUUCAGGUAGAUGUUAAAAGAAUUAGAGGAGUGGGCUUGGAAAAUUAUAAUGGGUUUGUCGUGUGGAGCUAAAUGUGCCAAAGGCCUUCUGGUCACUUUCAAUUUAUUGUUUUGGGUGUCUGGCUGUUUCCUUUUCGCUGUAGGAAUCUAUUUUCUUGUUGACAAAGAAAAAGUGACAUUAUUCCAACUUUUUGUGCUACCGGGGUUAAGCUACGCCCUCACCCAGUAUCUAGCAUGGACACUUGUAGGUUUAGGAGGAUUGGUUUUCUUCCUAGGCUUUUGUGGCUGUUGUGGAGCCAUACGAGAAAAUAGGUGUUUACUAGUAACAUAUUUCAUUUUCUUAUUUCUUGUCAUGUGUGGAGAGCUUGCAGUUGGAAUACUCAGCGUCAUCUUCCAGGAUAAGACUUUGAGUAAAUUGGAAGAUCUUUCUACAGUAUUAAAAGAUGAAUAUGGAAUCAACAGUCAAAAAACAGAAGCGUUUGACUUUGCUCAAACUAAAUUUAACUGCUGUGGAAUUUUCGGACCAGAGGAUUAUGAAGAAAGCACUUGGAAAGUUCAAAAUUUAGGCAAAGGUGACAGCGUAUCCAAGACUUGCUGCAUUUUGUCUAACGAUGAUCAUUUAGAUCCAAAGCCCGUGAAUAGUAGCUGGUGUCAGUCAGAAAAAGCAACAGAAAACAAUUUAUUUCGCCAUCACGAGGGUUGCAUAGCAAAGCUAGAAGAGUUUAUAAAGCAAACAAGCAUUAUUUUUGUAGCGAUAGGUUGCGGAGUUGCAGUUAUCGAGAUUUUUGGAAUGGUAUUUGCAAUAUGCCUGUGUAAAGAAGUGUGAAGUUAUUUUAAUAGUAAGUGAAUAAAGAAGCUAAGAAUGAAGCUAAAGAAACAAUAUUAGCACAAUAAAUAAAAACACCCUACAUUUAAAUUCUUUUUAAAAUAUAGACUGAAUUUUGAUUUGGCUUUAGCACUUAUGAUAAAAAAAAGUCAAUUUUUUAAUUAAUAUGUUUUGUCCAAUACAUAUUCAACUGCUCCAAAGAAUCAUCAUGAUGCAAUGGAGUUUUAAGAAUAUUUCUGAAUGAAAUUAUCUAAGAACAUCAAUUGGUAAAAAAAAAACAAUAUUCGCCAGAGUUUUAUGGUAAAAAAAUGCAAAUGAAAUUAUUAGAAAAUUGAAAAGAUUCAAUGAAUUAAAAAAAAUAAGAAAGCAAACAAUUUACCAUGAAAAAAAAGUGAAUAUCUUUUUAAAUAAAUAUGUGAUAAUAAAAUGUAUGUACACAGGAUGAUACGUUCACGAGGAUGCAGAUACGAUAUAUAAAUCUCUCUAACAUUACCUGAGCUUCAGACAAAUCGGAAUAAUGACUUGAAGACUUUAAUUAAUUUCAAGACAAACAGCGACGAAAUGUUUAUUGCUAACGUUUUAAGAUUGCAAAGUCUUGCAUUUAUAUCAUCUAGUCAUGUUACCUGUUUAGAAACUGUCAGCAUUGAAAGUCAAUUGAUGAAUGCCGCACAGUAUAAUCAACUCUAAACUAAUAAAAAUUUAUUGAAAACUUGAUCAGAAUCACAUUUGCAAUAUCAUGCAUAUUCCAUUCAACGAAUCAUUCACUAUAUUUUCAUAAUUUCAUACCUUGAUGCUAAUAUGAAUUAAAGACGAACAUUAUGAUUUAUGGAUUUUAGCAUCAUAAGGUUUUAUAUCAUGUUUAAAAUUAAAACUUAAGAGAUAUGUUUUCUAUUCUUUCCUUUGUAUGGGAUGCUUCAAAGUUGAUCAAUAUGAAAAGACAAAACAGGCAUACAAAAGAAUGGGAUUUCACAAAACUCUAUCCAAGAGUCACAAAUUGCACGAUAUGCAAAGACAAUGAACAAAAAUUGAUCUAACACAAUUUUAUUUAUACUGCAUUUCCAUUUUUAUAACCAAUACAAUAACAGAAGAUGUUCAACGUUUUUGUCAGACUCCUCAAAAUGCAUUUACUCCCGAUACAACAACAGAAGAUACUCGACGUUUUUGCCAGACUCCAGCACACACAUUUACGUCCAAUAUAACAACAGAAGAUGCACAACGUUAUCGUCAUACACCUGAAAGCACAUUUACGACCAAUGUAACAGAAGAUGCUCAACUUUAUCGUCAGACUCCUGAAGGCACAUUUACGACCAAUGUAACAGAAGAUGCUCAACAUUCGUGCCAGACUCCUGAAAAUGCUUAUGGCGUCGAUGCUGCAUGGAAUGACGCACCUUCGCUGGCAGAUAAACGUUCAAUUUGCGAACCCUUUUAGCAGCUGCGGGUAUCAAUAGUGGCCCCAUGUUCCAACAUGUUUUUGUAAUUCCUUUUUUAUGCUUACUUUGUCUUUUCUAUUUGGCUUAUUAUUCUGAAGCAGCUUAUAGAAGUAGGUGCACUUACCAACUGAUGAUAUGGCAUCUAAUUAUUCUAUUAAUUGAAAUAUAAGAAAAAGGAUUUAUUAUUCGGCACUUUAGUUUUAUGUGUCACAUAUUAGGAAAGUGAAUCACUAAUUUGCUCAAAGUUGUCCA